AUGGCUAUGCCUGACGAUGACUGGUGUCGUCCGGAUGUUCUUGAACGUGAUACUAAUUACUUCUCUACAGCUGACAUCAUUUCGACGGUCGAAUUUGAUCACACUGGCAACUAUCUGGCAACAGGCGACAAGGGCGGUAGAGUCGUACUUUUUGAGCGCAAUGAGAGCCAGAAGAAAACAUGCGAAUACAAGUUUCACACCGAGUUCCAGUCGCAUGAACCGGAAUUCGAUUACCUGAAGUCGCUCGAGAUCGAAGAGAAGAUCAACAAAAUCAAAUGGUGUCGGAGACAAAAUGCAUCCCAUUAUCUUCUAUCUACCAAUGAUAAGACAAUCAAGCUUUGGAAGGUUUUUGAAAAAUCGUUAAAAGUUGUCGCGGAGAACAACCUUUCGAGCGAUCUAACACCUGCCGGCCCAGGAGGUGGAGGAGGCCCAAGACCUAGUCACGUUCCUUUCCGAGAUGCGUCUUCCCUAAAACUACCUCGCAUGACACAUCAUGAUACAGUGGUAGCUGCUGUGCCGCGGAGGACGUACUCAAAUGCCCAUGCAUACCACAUCAAUAGCAUAUCUGUGAAUAGUGAUGGAGAGACUUUCAUCAGCAGCGACGAUCUUCGAAUCAAUCUUUGGAAUCUCAACAUCCAAGACCAGAGCUUCAACAUUGUGGACAUCAAACCAGCUAACAUGGAGGAGUUGACAGAAGUAAUCACGGCUGCGGAGUUCCACCCUCAAAGCUGCAACUGGUUCAUGUAUGCUAGCUCUAAGGGUACCAUAAAGUUGGCCGACAUGCGCGAAAGUGCUUUAUGCGAUCAGCAUGCCAAACAGUUCGAACAAGAGGAAGACCCUUCCUCCCGCUCUUUCUUUUCUGAAAUUAUCUCAUCAAUAUCAGAUGUCCGCUUUUCCCAUGAUGGGCGAUACAUUCUUUCACGCGACUACCUGACUGUGAAAAUCUGGGACGUCAACAUGGAACGUCAACCAGUGAAGACGAUACCGAUUCACGAGCACCUUCGACCAAGACUAUGCGAUACCUAUGAAAAUGAUAGCAUCUUCGACAAGUUCGAAGUGGUUUUCAGUGGCGAUGGAGGAAACGUGAUGACGGGCAGCUACAACAACAAUUUCAUGAUCUAUCCAACCGAUCCAGAUAAGGAAACGGAAGUCGUGCUACAGGCAGACAAAUCUGCCUUCAAAGCAAAGAAAGUGGGAGUUCCUACACCGAUCAACUCAACAAGCCCGACUAGUACUACCGGCAAGAAGGGUGGAUCGAGAGCUGGCAGUCCUGCAGCUGGGGCUACAGGCCAAGGAGGCAGAAUGAGGAAGGAGACCGACGCAGAUGCCAUUGACUUCAACAAGAAGAUUUUGCAUAUGAGCUGGCAUCCAUUUGAGGAUAGCAUUGCCAUUGCGGCGACCAACAACCUUUUUGUCUUUUCAGCACUGUAA